AUGCAAAACCAAAGUUUUGUACCUUCUUCUAACUUCUUUCCAAUAGAAUCUCUUCCAAUUGAGUUAAUUAAAAUAAUUCUAACAAAAGUUGAUUGGGAAAGUUUACAAAAAUCAAGAUUAGUUUCAAAACUUUUUAAUAACAUUAUUGAACAAAAUUUUUCACAGAUGCAAAAGCCAAGAGUAAAACAUUUAAUAUUUAGAACUUUAAAUAUUGGUCCAAAUUGGAAAAAGAUAGCUUUUUUUUGUGGUCUUGAAAAAAAUAUAAAUAUAAUUCAAAAUAUAACUAUUAAUACACAUAAUAAACCUUUUAAUGAUAAAAAAAUUGAAUAUUAUUUUAAAAGAAUGAAUUUUAGUAAAUUAGAUUAUCUCAAAAUAAGUUCUACCGGAAAUAUAGAUGCUUUUAACAUUCUUAAUAAAUAUUUCAAGUCAAAAACAAAAAUUAGAUAUCUUGAAAUUGAUAUUAAAAUGUAUCCUAUUCUUGAAAGUUUAACUGCGUUUUUAAAAAAAAUUAAGCAUGUAAAAUAUUUUAGAAUUAAAAAUAUAUGCCUUGGUAAUGAAAAAAUUCCUCAUGACUACACAUUACCUAAAAUUAAGUCAAUGAAAGCACUUUAUAUAGAUGAAUGUAAUUGUACUAAAUUUAUCAAUUCAAGAAUGAUAAAUAAAAUAUUUGAACAAAAUAAAAAUUUAAAUUAUAUUGAAAUUUAUCCCAACAGAAAAAAUAUUGAUACUAAGUUGGUUAAAUUAAUUGUAGAAAGACAAAAUUCAAGUUAUUUUGAAAAAUGUAAUCAUUCAAAUAUUUGUUUAUAUUUACCCAUAGGUGAUGAAUAUAAUCGUAACACAGAAUUUGAAAGACUUUUUUAUACUACUAAUUAUGAAUUGAAAGAACCAUUUGAAGUUUUUAGUAUAACAGCACAAAAAUCUUGUGAAAAAUGUUUUAGUAAAAAGAUUAUUAAAGUUUGUUUUGCAAAAAAUUUUAUUAACUUUAGAUUUUGUCCAUUUCUAUGGAUUCCAAAAGACAUUUAUUUACUCUAUUGCAUUGAAACUAUUUGA